AGCCAAUGGGAGCGGAGACUGGCUGAGACUGCGAGAGUAAUGUUAGAGGCUGGAGACUGAGGGUACUGCGUAUUGCUAUUGCUCACAUACAGCCAUUGCACUGCAUUAAGAUAGAGCGGCAACCUUGGACACACGUAACUAAGAUGGGUAAAGAUCCGAAUAAACCAAAAGGAAAGAUGUCCUCCUAUGCAUACUUUGUGCAGACUUGUCGGGAGGAGCACAAGAAGAAGCACCCAGAUGCCAGCGUCAACUUCUCUGAGUUCUCCAAGAAAUGCUCUGAGCGAUGGAAGACAAUGUCUGCUAAGGAAAAGGGUAAAUUUGAAGACUUGGCUAAACAAGACAAGAUCCGUUACGACAGAGAAAUGAAGAACUAUAUCCCUCCAAAGGGUGAGAAGAAGAAGAGAGCAAAAGAUCCCAAUGCACCCAAGAGACCCCCAUCUGCGUUCUUCAUAUUUUGUGCCGACCAUCGCCCAAAAAUUAAAAGCGAGAGUCCUGGUCUGUCCAUUGGGGAUGUAGCGAAGAAACUGGGAGAGAUGUGGAACAGCACCUGUGCCGAGGACAAACAGCCAUAUGAGAAGAAGGCAGCCAAACUGAAGGAGAAGUAUGACAAGGAUAUGGCGGCCUACCGUGCUAAGGGCAAACCCGAUUCUGGAAAGAAAGCCCCAGGUAUGGCAAUGAAAGCCAAGAAAAGGGAUGAUGAUGAUGACGAUGACGAUGAGGAAGAUGAAGAGGAAGAUGAGGACGACGAUGAGGAUGAAGAUGAUGAAUAAAUUUGUUACUCAGAGCCUAGGUUCUUGUUUAGUAUCAUUUAUCCCCUAUGUACACUUUUGUCUCCAAAUACAAAAAUAAACAAGGAAAUGUUAGGCUGUGUAUAUGAAAUGUUUUUAAGCUGUACAGUUUUUGUUCCUCUUCUCUUUUUUUUGUAAAGUUAACACUAAAAAAGUGUCUUAGCCCUACAUUUUUUAGUGGUAGUUCCCAAGCUACUUCCCUUGCCUUGCCCAGUUUAAGGGGUUGUCAAACAACAUGCAGGUAGUGGGUUUCCUGUUCCUGAUGCAUAGCACAAGAUCUUGUUUUAUGUGGGGUAGCUGUUUGUUUGCAAAAAAUGUUUUUUUUUUUUAGUUUUUUCCCUUUGUUGUAAUAUUCAGUCCUUGCUGUACUUUGAAUACCACUCUGUAAUUGCGACCAUAAAAAAUGCAGCUGUUUUUGUUGACAUUCUGAAUGCUUCUAAAGUAAAACUUUUUUUAAGAAACAACAAAUUGUACAAAUGAUUUCUGUGGGGUACUGUGGGCCAGAAGAGAAGAUACAUCACUCUAUACCAAUAUAUAUUUUAGUCCUUUAAGCCAAAAAUGCAUAUUGGCCUUGUGUGAAUAAAAUUUAUUUAAUGGC